AAUCAUCGUUGGUUACAAUUUUAGUUUUCAUAGAACACAGAAUUACAGUAGUUAGAAAAAAAACUAUACUUAAAAAAAAAAACUUGAAUUUCACAAGCGCCACAUUUGUAAGGAUAUGACGCUGUUCAUUGCUUCUGAGACGAGGGCUUCAACCAAUCAGACGUCCCUUGUCUACUGUGGCUAAUGGUACUGAAACGAUAGUAGCUAGCAUUUUUAGGAGGGACGGAUACAUUGACACAUUGUCUGGCAAUCUUGACAUACAAAGUGGAUGCCUCUAUGCCACAGCGAAAUAUACCUCUUCCAAUUUGCACAAGACUUCAGCCAUGGCCACGACAGGCGCAACUGAGCCAAACCGGCCUGGCCCCCAGAGGAAGAUGUCCACCACAGGGGAGAGCUUGUACAAGGUGCUAGGCCUGGAGAAAGGAGCUUCCGCUGAGGACGUCAAGAGAGCCUACAGGAAACUAGCGUUGAAGUACCACCCAGACAAGAACCCAGACAACCCGGAGGCUGCAGAUAAGUUUAAAGAGAUCAACAACGCCAACUCCAUCCUGAACGAUGACGGCAAGAGGAGGAUCUACGACGAGUACGGCUCCAUGGGCCUCUAUGUGUCCGAGCAGUUUGGAGAGGAGAGCGUCAAAUACUACUUCCUCAUGUCCAAGUGGUGGUUUAAGACCAUGGCCGUGUGCUGCACUGUCUUCUCCUGCUGCUGCUGCUGUUGCUGCUGCUGUUUCUGCUGCGGGAAGUGCAAGCCACCGGAGGAGGAUGAUCACUACCAGUACGUGGACCCAGAGGACCUGGAGGCCCAGAUCAAAGCUGAGACGGACAGAGGUGACACGGUAAUCAUUGUGCAGCCCAUACCUGUAGCCGUACCUAUAGCUGUAUCGAGUCCUGUGGCUGAGAGCACCAGCCUAGGCCCUGCCAGCUGCCUAGACCCUGCCAACUGCCUAGACCCUGCCAUCAGCCUAGGCCCUGCAGUGGUUGACAACCCGACCAGGCCGAUGGCUGCUGAGAACCCAGGCGAAACGUUGCCGGAGUCUAAAUGACUCGAAAGUGACAGUGUGGAUGAGCAUCGCCAGGGGAGGGCAGGUCCACGUGCCCCUAUUGUGAUCCAGCCACAUUCCAUCGCCAUCGAGGUUCCAGAGACCUCCCAGCCUGCAGCCAGCCAGCCCACCUCCAAGCCCCAGCAGUGACCCCUCCCAGCCCCAUCUACCCGCUGGAGCCCUACCCUACGGCGGGCACGGCCAGGCCCCUGAGGUCCCCACACUGGAGCCCCCAGCAGCCAGCCAGGCCAACCGUCACUAGUGCCAGUCAACCAGCCAGCCAGUCAACCCCCCCAUACUGUGGUACAGAUGUAACUUAAUGGACACAAGCGGCAGGCUGCCAAGAGACCAGGACUCCUUAUGACGUGAUAUAUGUGUCUAUCUAUCCACCAAACUGAGGAUUGGAACACUAUCCCUACUUCAUUUCAUCCCUCCGUUUCUAUCCUCCCUCAUCUAUCCCCCCCUUUCUCUCUCUUGUCUCUGUUAGAACGCUGUGGGAUUGGAGACUGUCUCUUUUUAAGUUCAGUCUGAGUUUUAAAUGGCCUGAGCCAAACAUUCCACCUCCCCGGAGACUAAAGCAUGGAUCAGAGGAAGUAAAGGCUCCCAAACAGAUUGCAUGUGCUUCGUUUUAAUUGCAUGCCCCUAUUGUACAGCACUGGCAAAUACAUACCCCAUGUAUCCACACCCCUUUACUACAGCCACCACCCCACCACUACCAGCGAUACCGCCAGCUGCAGGUGCACCUACAGUAUGCCACACAACCAGGGGUCUCCCCGCCACCUGAAAGAGACCCAAGAGUGGGGCUGGAUACAGUAGACAUUCAAAAACAGUGAAAAUGUCAGGUGGAUAAAACAAGAAAAAUGUGUUGAUUGCUUAAUUUAAUUGCUAACUGUCACAAUUAUGUUAGUUAGACCAAAGCCAAACUAGAUGCCACUCACUCAAUGUGUUCAACAGUCAGCUCCCAAAGAGACGUUUCUCCUCAUGCCACUAGAGCCAACCUGAGAGGAUUGUUUAAUUAAGGUGUAUGUAUGCAUUUGGGUCUACUAUGCACUUUUGAAACCUGUGAAGUGGGUAAAUGAUCAUUUCUAAUGGACUGUUGGCUAACAUGGGUCCAGCCAAGUGCUUACUGAAACCCACAGUCAGCACAAUGCACUCUCUAUUGGGUGGAACUGACUACUGACUACAGCUAGCUAACUGCAACCAAACGACUUAUCAAACGUUUCCCAUCUCCAAUGGUGGUUUUGCUUUGCAUUCUCCUCAUAGUCUGAUGUAACAUGGAGACAUAGGGGAGUGGGUAUGUACUAUAGGGGGCUGUUUGACCCAGCCACUAACACCAUGCUAUGCCACAUCCUAGAUGACUACUUUGUUCGCUGUACUGCCUACAGAGAUAUCCCAUCACUGAAUAUUUUAGACUUUUCAUAUGUUGAUUUGACUUCCUUUUAAGAAGUAACACACCAGGCUGUUUUCCAUGGGGUUUUGGUGGACUGAUUGCCAUGUUUUAUGGGCUGAAGAGGCACGACUUCUAGUCUCAGUGAUGAGAUGAUACAAUGUCCCACAGCAGGGUUAGGAUCUGUCCAGAUCACCCAACCAGCAGUUUAUCUGUACUUAAGUACAGUUCUCUUUAUAACCCUGGGGGUGCAGAGUCAGGGCUUUCUCAAUGUUGUGUAAUCAGAAUAGUGAAAACAGUGAAGUGAAUGAAUGCCAUAUUGUCAUUGAGAGUCAGUCAGUCCCAGGUGUGUGUGUAGCAUUGUACAACAUCGUUGAUGGUUUGUUCAUGUAGUGCUGAGGUCAGUCAGUCAUUCAUCCCCUCCCAGUUGUUUUGUUGUGGUUUGUCAUUUGAAAAGGGCAUUCUGUGUUUCCUGAAGAGGGGCUAGUACAUGGCGUUAACCACCUUGUGUUUUGGCUGAAGAGCAACCCUGAAGAUAAGCUAAACUAAAAUGAUGUCAUCAAAUGAUGUCAAGCAGCCAUUUUAUCUUUUGUAGCUCUCUCCUGAGUGUUUACAUAGAAAUGAUCUAUCAGCAGCAUCAUUUUGUUACUGGAAUUAUUGCACCUUUUCUCACCUCUUCAUAUCAAUAAGUUAACAGCUAAAACCCACCUGAAAUUUCAGACUGUUGGUUGUGUUUUCACAAACCAUAACAUAACAGUACAGUAUCUGGCCCCAGGGCUCAGAGAGGAGGAAUACAUUUAUUCUGGUGAUCCUUAUCUGCUGUAAAUAAUAAUAAUCACAACCACAUGUGUCACAUGCAAAUAACAUUAUUUGAGAAUCCCUAUGAAUGGGAAAUGUUUUAAGAAUCAUCCCCAUUUUAAAUGGUGUACAUUGUCCUUUAUUUAUUUUUUUAUGUCAAACCGAAAGAGCUGUUUUAAUAAAACACGUUGACAGACAGUUGGGAAGAGCAAACCCUAGACUAGCCAACAUGGUCCUUACCAAGGGGCAGCUGGUUGACAGAGGAGCUAGGCUAUGUCUUAACUGGUUGACAGAGGAGCUAGGCUAUGUCUUAACUGGUUGACAGAGGAGCUAGGCUAUGUCUUAACUGGUUGACAGAGGAGCUAGGCUAUGUCUUAACUGGUUGACAGAGGAGCUAGGCUGUCUCAGCGGGUUGACAGGGGAGCUAGGCUGUCUCAGCGGGUUGACAGGGGAGCUAGGCUGUCUCAGCGGGUUGACAGAGGAGCUAGGCUGUCUCAGCGGGUUGACAGAGAACUAGGCUGUCUCAGCGGGUUGACAGAGGAACUAGGCUGUCUCAGCGGGUUGACAGAGGAACUAGGCUGUCUCAGCGGGUUGACAGAGGAACUAGGCUGUCUCAGCGGGUUGACAGAGGAACUAGGCUGUCUCAGCGGGUUGACAGAGGAACUAGGCUGUCUCAGCGGGUUGACAGAGGAACUAGGCUAUGUCUUAACUGGCUAGGCCACCAUAGCUCUGGUCUACAGUAGCAGGCAGGCAGACGAUAAGUGUAUAUCUGCUCUGAGUGUAGGGACAGGGCUGUCCCCAUGUCAUCACUCUCCUAUAGAACACGGGACUAUGGGGACUCGGCCACUAAUAAUAUGAUUGAUGAUUGUAAUUUUGUCAAUGCUUUCAUUAUGUCAUUCAUUAUUCACCAUGAUGUCUUUCAUGGACAAAAAUUAUCUGUAAAUGUGUAUUUAUAUAUAAUGAAAUUGAAACAAUUAAAAGAAGGGGGAUUUGUACAA